AGGGGCGGCGUUGGGGGGUAAUCAAGGUAAUCGCUGAUUACCUAUUUCUUCAAGAAUUUUAGAGCUAUUUUGUUUCUCGCAAAGUCAUACAAAACAUGACGUUUUCGAAGUUUUAAACAGUUGUUGCGUCAUAACAACGAGGUGGAGCCCUCUUAUUGUGCUCUAUGACAUAUAUUGACUCAUUGCCCUCUUGCUUUCUUUACCAUGGUUUCACAGACAGUCGAUAAUUAGCUGAGAAUCUUUCUGCAAACAUCGCUUUUGUUUAAUAUGAUAGCUAUUGAAUUUGAGGAUUAGCAUGGCCGUGCCUACACAACACGAGGCCGCGAAGGUAAUCAUGACCCUUCCUGAUUACCACACAUUUGUCUUCGUGGGCGUCGUGACGUAAUUCUUUAUUGAACAAACGGCCUUAAAAGGGAGAGCGCCUCGCAGCAACAUAGUCAUUCCGCAACCCGAUUACCUUAGCACUGUUGCUCUUGAAAAAUUAAAUUUUUUGUCAUGGAUCGAGUUUUGAGUAACGAUAUUAGAUGGGGUGUUUCGAAAAUUUUUUCACUACGUGCAGCACAAAGUAACAAUUUGAGUCACGAACAACGAUUGCGCCUAAAGAAAGAUGGAAGGCCGUGUCCAAGAAUAAAGUAUGCGGGGAGAACGAGUGCUUCGGUGUAUGAAUCUUUUUCAUGGAUAUGUGGCGGAGAAAAUGAAGAAGGCAAGGAGACAUUUUAUUGCUGGCCCUGUCUAGUGAUGGGUGACAUAUCAACGAUGAAAGGUUCAUUUGUGCAAGUGAACGGUUUCAAAUCGACUGGACGGAACCUUGUAAAUGUUGCUGGCAGCCAUCAAUCAUCAAAAAAGCAUAUGAUGAACCACACGUCAUACAAGUUGCUUGGGAACGUUGAUGUCGCUUGUGCUAUAGAUGAGGCCAGGCAAAGAGAAGUGACAAGACACAACAACAACGCAUCACGGUAUACAAAGAUGCUGCACCACCACAUUGAUAUUUCUGUGCUGUUGUCUGGCCAAGGGCUCGCAUUUCGUGCUCACGACGAGUCCAAACGGUCAUCGAACCGGGGCAAUUUCCUGGAGCUUAUGGACCUCCUAGCAUGCUAUAGCCACGAACUGCGCUCCUUUUUAGACAAAGAACACGUGACGUACACAUCCCAUGAUCCGCAAAAUGACCUCAUCGAUUGCAUCGCUGAAGAAGUACGCAGUGAGAUUCAAAAUCGAAUCCACACUUCGAAUUUUAUUGCAAUCAUGAUGGAUGAUACUAGUGAUAUCAGCAAUGUCGAGCAGUCAGCAGUUUCUGUCAGGCUCAUUCACCAAGGAGAAGUGGAGGAGCAUUUAUUGGGACUUAUCGACGUGAGUGACGACCAAUCAGCAGAUGGCCUAACCACAGCCCUUCUAAAUACCCUCGCAAAAUACAAAAUCGUCCCAGAUGCUUUCUGUGAGAAGGUUGUCGGCCAAUCUUACGAUGGAGCUGCGACGAUGAGCGGUGAGCUAAAUGGUGUUCAGGCGCAGAUGCAAAGAAGAUUUCCUGUAGCCUACUACAAUCAUUGUGUCGCUCACAGGAUGUCAUUGAGUGCCUCUCAAUCCGCUACUAAAAUUCCAAAAGUAGCCAAAUUCUUCGCCACGAUUGACAGAAUGAUUAAUUUCUUUCGUAGCAGUCCAAAACGCAGUAGACAUCUGGGACAUAGCCUUCCAAGACCUGGAGACACUCGCUGGCUAUCGCGUGACACAGCAAUUGGCGUUAUAGAUUCAUUUUAUGAGGAUAUCGGUGCUGCAUUAUACGAGUUUUCAAAUGCUUCCAACGAAAAGGCAGAUACUCAGACAAAAGCUCGUGGAAUAGGGACACAGAUGCAGCAAGUCGAGUUUGUGUUUUUGCUCAAGACGUACAGGAAGAUAUUCGAGCACUGUACUCCCAUAAUAGUCACAAUGCAGAAAACGACCCUGGAUGCCAUACAGCUGACCUCAAUGAUAAAUUAUUUUAAAGGAGUCUUGGCAAAUUUCAAUUUUGAUGGAGUUUGGGAAGAUACUCUACUUACUGAUCCUGAGCUUCCUACCGUUCGCAAUAGGGGAGGAUGGAGAGCAAUGGAGCAAGGAAAUGAUGGAUCACAGGAGAGCUGGAGGUCAACUCUUACAAAACUCGGCAAAGAAAUUGUUGCAAAGUUUACGGAGCAACUCGAUUGGCGAUUUGCAAACCUCUCAAAAUUCCAAUGGAUGAAUUUAGUGCAUCCAAGCAAAUUUAAUGAGAGAAAAGAAGCAACUGUGCGGGAGCAAAGACUGCUGAUCGAGGAGCUUCGGAAACAUUACCCAUUUGCCGUGGAUGAUACGACAGCUACAGAAUAUAAUCUGAACGUAUUGUACAACAAUAACGAAAUUGCUAUUUUGCUGAAAAAGUUGGUACGCGAGCGUGAUGCUUUGGCGGCGCAAAAGCAAGCUCGACGAAGAAAACGUGCUCGAAAAGAGGUGGAAGUUGGUGCAGAUGCCGCAAGUGACACAGAAGAUGUAGAAGAGCGAGAUCUGUUCGAAGUUGAAGAAGGCGGCAACCUGGAGAUUGAAUUGGUAAAGGAAGGCAUGCCAACCAUUCAAGAUCUUCUUUUUGUAAUCAAGAGUGCUGACCUUUCUGAUGCCCCUCCACAAGUGGUAAAGUUGCUGGAGCUUGUCGUAACAAUACCACUUACGAGUGUUCACUGUGAGAGAGUUUUCAGCAGAAUGAAGCGUGUGGUUUCCGCUUUAAGAUCGAAGAUGCUCCAAACCAGAAAGGAAAAUCUAGUUUUUCUUCAAGUGGAAAAUCGAUUGCUGAAGUUGCUUGCAGCUAGACCUUCUUUUAAAGACAACGUUGUCAGCCGUUUUAAAACAAUCAACCGACGUCGCUUUGAAAGAUUUUCAAGGAAAUAAGAUUGGCUGUUUCAAGUUGUAGACCUGCAUUAAAAAAGUCAGCCUGUAACAAAAAAUCUUUACAUUUUGAUAUGCAUGUAGUUUCAAAUUAAAGGUAUAAAUCACCAGAGAGAUUAUGCGUACUUAGAAGCUAAAAGCCUACUGUUCAAUUCAAAAGACUAUAGCAAAUUUCAUAACUAUAAAUGUCAAAAUACAGCCAGUAAAUAUUGGCAUUGUGAUGUGACCAUAGGCUUCAUCGCAAAUGUUUGGUGAUUUCUUUUUGCGUGCACAAGAUUUGUAGCUCAUAAUGAUCAGGACAUAAUAUCAGGGUGAAAAAUGUGCAUUUUUUUGUGAACUUUUAGGUUCUUAAUAGAUAAAGAUUUUUAAUUUCUGCAAAGUGAAGUUUUUAUAGUUUUUUAAUCUGGUUUUUUAAAUAUAUUUGAAUUAGGUAUUUGAUUCUCAAUUUGCUUUCAAUUCUAUUUGAACUUUCUUGUAUCAUGUUCUAGUAUAUAUUCACACUAAUGUUAUUGGCUUUAAUAUCAUAGAAAAUGCUUAAACGCUUGCAUACUUUGUUAUGAGUGUUACUUCAGAAAUACUACUUCAGAAGGAAGGGUGUGGGUAUGUUUAUAUCAUUGGCAAAAUAUGGGCGUUUCCCUUUUGAAAAAGGGCGUAGUUAGAAAGUUGAUUACCUACUUAUUUUCACUCCGAGCCGCCCCUGCUACACUCGAAGCAAAAUUUCUAUCUUGAGUCUUGCUACCCCAAACCAUCAUUGAAAAAAAAGAAAACAGUAGAGAAAUAACCUAUGUGUUAAAACAUUGCUAGACGUCGAGGAGACUUUUUAUUCUAAAUAAUCUAGGGUAGGUUUUCUGCAAUAUAACCAUGAUUUGUGGAUUUAUUUUAUGGCUUUUGUCUACAUUAUAGAACAUUAUCUACCUUUCAUUGAAAUUAAUGAGACAUUUUCUGUAAUAGGUAUUUGCUUUUGUGAAUUUAGCAUGGAAAUCUUUAGGUCCGAAGUUCUUAUAAGCGCCUUUUGGCUAAAAAUAGAGCAACACGAAAACAUGAUCAUCCUCAGAUGAACAAUUAGAAAAGAAAACAAUUUUUUCAAGAUUCUCUCAUGAUAACAGGGCAGAUUUCAUCGGCUUAUUCGCAGUGCUACUAAAAAUGUCAUGCAAAACUGUUGUUUAGUGGACUUUAAAUUUGUCGUAAAAAUUCAUGCAACGUAGUUGAAUAAAAAUCCAUUUUUGCAAUGAAAUUGUCUCAUUCAAUAAGAUAAAGAAUGCACUAGAAUUAUUUUUAGUGAUUUAUAAAAAGCACACUCGCAUUAAUUUUUAUUUUAAAUUCUUUGUAACAGCUGAGCUCUUUAAAAAUGAAUAUACAACAGCCAUUUUGAGAAACCUGCGCUCACUGUGAGACUUUUCCUUUGUGACCACAGCGGGAACUUUUGUUAUUCGAGAAGAUAGAUGCCUAGAGUAAUUCAUCAGUUUUCUGCAGAGCCUGUUUCAGAUACCUUUUGAAUGACUGAGAAAGCGUAACAGCUUGGAAGGAAGUCAGCUUCUUUGUUCUUGUAAUAACGGCUCUUUGAUAUUCUUAUAAACAACUCAUUUCUUUUUGCGAAUAAGCGAAUAAACGCCAACUUCACGGCUGUUGUGAAAACUCAUAAGUUAUUUAUACGUUGAACAGAAUAAGCCUGCUUCGCGUGGGAUGGUUUUCUACGUUAUCACAAUGGCCUAAACUUGGUUGGUUUCGAUUAGUGCAUCACCUAUCAUCCCCUACACAUGCAUGUUGCAGUGACCUAGCACGACACUGACUCCUUAUUCUUUUUAUGGCAAACACAACUGGCUAGGCACAAUGCACAGCUGGCAGGGGUUAGGUUUCCCAAAGGAAAAUCAUCUUUUAAGCUGUUGAUACCAAACGACUUAUGCUAAUUUUCUUCUAUCUUAUAAAAAUUGUAAGCCAGCAGUGUACUCAACAACGAUAUAGGGACCUAUUUGCGAAUAUUAAUCGUGAUACCUCAUAAUAACUCCACUGAUGCAUAGGCUACAUUGUUGCUUAUCAGCCAGGUAUAGAACCAUGAUUUUGCACACUUAACAUAGGCCUAAUAUUUUUUUCCUUUUUUCAUAUGGUUUGUGAUGCUGAUGCAGGCUAAAAAAUAUGAUAGAUAAUUCAAAGGCUUCAUUUAAUCAAUAUUUGAGUUUUUGGAUAAAAUCAUGAAAAAUUCAGAAGUUAAUUUUCUU